AUGAUGAAUAUGAAUGAUUUACCUAUGCCUGAAGUCAAAAGAGAGAAAAAAUUAAUUGAAUUGGAUAAGGAAGAAAGGAUGAAUUUCGAAAAAGCCUUGAAGGAUAGUAAUGAUAAACUGCUUGAUGAUGUAAUUGAAAAUAAUAAUGAGAGUAUUAGUAAGGUGAAGGUUAAAGUUAAAUUGACGAAUAAAGGAAAUAAAUUCAAAAAAUUAUCUCAAAUAGUGAAAGAAAGUGAUGUAUCCAAAGAUGAUUAUAAUAUUCAAAGUGUUGAAUUAAUACAUAAUCAAUUUAGAAGUUCAGAAACAAUAGAUGUAUCUGAAAAUUUUUCAGAGCUUUUUGAUAUUCAGAUCUCUUAUCUUACUAAAGUACUAUAUAAUAAUCAACAUGAAAAAAAUCUACCUAUUUUUGAUGUACAAGAAUUUAUUAAAAUAAUUAAAAGUUAUAAACUAAAAUUAAAAGUUAUGAACUAA